AUGGUAGACCAACCCCAAUAUGGCUACGAAGACCCAAGACUUACAAUAUGGCCCCCCCAACUUACAUGGCCUACGAAGACCCCAAGACCUACUUACAUCCCAAUAUGGCCUACGAAGACCCCAAGACCAACUUACAUCCCCAUAUGGCCCACGAAGGACCCAAGACGCACAAGAUCUGCUUACACCACAUACUGGGCUACAAGGACCCCGGUACCAACUUUACCGACCCCUACAAAUGCCAAUACAAUACCUGGGUGUAACGAAGUUUGUGUUGAUGCUGAACAGAACCACUACUGCUGCAAUGAAGAGGAGAAGGACCAGUGUCCAGCCCAGACCGGCGAUUGCUCAGUGGAUAGACGUCGAGAUGUGCAGUCCGUGUGUAAGUUAGACAGUGACUGUGAGGAUAACCGUCGGUGCUGUUUCGACGCGUGUAAAAAGGACUUCGUUUGCAUGGAAGUAAAAGAGAAACUCGAACACCCGGUUAGAAAGGAGGGAAGUGGAGAAACAGCCGAGAACCAGUGACCACAGCAGCACCACCGGGUCGUUCAGUUCGGGUCGACGACUUCGGGGCGGCCUCGAUCCUCCGUCCUAGGUUAGGCUCCCGACACCGCCUCCUUCGGGUCCCACUCACGGCGUCCCAGCGGAGGGGGCGUGGCGUGGUGCGGAGGGGGCGUGGCGAGGUGCGCUUGCCCCGCCCACGCCGGAUUAUGUAUCUUUUGUUUUGUUUAAUUAAAGAAGUUGCAAUUUUG